AUGGCUUACUCUGAAUUUCUCCGGGGAUUAAGACAUAAUGGUUUUAAAUUUGACCUGGUAAGGAAAAAGAUUCGGACAUACACAGGUGUUUUGCGAGAAGCCGAAGCUUAUAUUGAAGCGGCGGAAUUUUGUUCGCUCACAAAAUCAGAAGCACCGGCCAAGGGGGCUGAGAAGAAACAAUCUUCUCAGCAAGACUCGGCCGGCCAAAAGAAAGAAGGAAAAAAGAGAAAAGAAGUUUGGGUGGCCGAUGGCCAGCCGCAGAAGUCCAAGAAGGUCAAGACGUACGAGCCCCAGUAUAAGUUUAACAAGGACUGUUAUUCUAUCUUGAUGGAAAUCAAGGAUAAGUUUAAGUUCAAAAAGACACAGCCGCUGAGAGGCCCGGCUCAAUACAGGAACAAGAACAAGUACUGUCAUUACCACAAGGACGUGGGACAUGACACAAACGAUUGUAUCAAUUUGAAGAGACUGUUAGACAAGCUAGCCGAGAAGGGCAUGCUGAACUCUUAUGUGAUGAAGUCCAAAUUCACUUACACACGGACAAACAACACGUCCGAGAAAAGACAGAAAAAUGAUAAGAACAAAGACAAGGAAGAUGAUGGGAAUAUCACUGAUUCAGGCUUUGUGGCCUUGAUAUCAGGAGGAUUCGCCUCAGGCGGCCUAACUAUGAAAGGGAUCAAGCAGGACGCCUGGAACUUGGGAAAGGUGAUGCAAGUGGGUACAGUAAAGCCCGAACCCUUUCCCGAAGUAAUCAUCAGUGAGGCCGACCGGGGGGAGGUCAAAGCCCUGCACAAUGAUCCCAUGGUAUUCAUUAUGAAGAUAGCCAAUUUGAAGGUCGGACGAAUAUUGAUUGGUACGGGUAGUUCGGCUGACAUCAUCAGCCUGGCCGCCUUGAAGAAUUUAAGCUUCCCAGAGGAUGCUCUUCAGGACAUCACUCACCCGUUGGUAGGAUUUGGGGGGAAUGUUAUCCACCCGGUGGGACGGAUAGACCUACCCGUCCGCUUUGGGCAGAAAGGGGAAGGAAGAGAUAUGGUUGUCCGCUUCCUGGUCGUAAAAGAGCUGAUUGGAUAUAAUUUCAUACUCGGCCGUCCUACGCUGAAUACAGCCAAAGUAGUCAUUGUACCUCAUCUAAUGAUGCUAAAGUUCGAGAGGACGGACGGAAAAAUUAGGACAAUCCAAGGGAGUAAGAAGAUGGCUAAGGAAUGUAAUUAA